AUGCUGGCCUCAUCUCAACCCCGAGGUAUUGAGACCGAACCUGGUCAGCCCAUUCCAGAACUGCCACAAGAUCUGGAGCAUCUCCUCUACAACGAGGCCAAGCAGCUUUGUCCGACGUACCAGGUGGCUAAAGACCGUUUAUUUGAAGCAUUCGAAAAGGCGAAACUAGGUCGAUGGAUAAAAAAACCGCUAGAACAAGAUCAGUUCGUUUGCGAGAUCGCGGACGCAGAUCCUAAUGCCCUGUUUGCCUAGGCGGGCCCCGCUCUUGAGUAUAGCACGGUGCAGUACUUAGGUCAAAAUCGACAAGCCAAAGAAAUGAAUAUUAACAAAAACCCAUAUGAAACUAAUUAUAUACAUCUCUUUAAUACAGCAGAUAAUGAAACGGCUAAAAGCGAAGUUAAACUUUAUGAUAAAUAUGAUACACUUGAUAAUAUAACUUACGAUGAUAAUUGUGAUAGAGUAAUUAAUUAUAACAAU